UCGUGAUAGACUGGAAUUUUUCACUUGGUCGGUCGGCUUCCUGUCCGGUACCAUUUCUGUCUCCGUCGGUCUUGGUCUUCAUCCCUCGCACGGCAAUGGCGGACGAGGAGGAAGAGCUCGAAAGGCAGCUCGAGCUCCAAUUGCAGGAGCAGAGGGACUCGCUCUCCUCCCUCAAUGAAGUCCUAGCCUCUGACCCGGACAAUCCCGAGUUCCUCGCAAUUCAUGAAGAGCUCGUUGCGGCAAUCAAAGAUGCCGAAGAAGGGCUUCUUCACCUAAAACGUGCGCGCUUAUUGCGCGAAGUUGAUUCGGUUGUGCAGAGUUCCGAAUCUACCGGCGAAGAUGAUGUCAAAGCUGAGCCUAUCGAUCCAAACGACAUCGAAGCUGAGCUCCUUGAGGAGGAGCAGGCUUAUUCGGUUGGUUCAAAGUGCCGGUUCCGACACAGUGAUGGGCGGUGGUAUAAUGGUCAGAUUGUCGGGUUGGACAGUUCCGGUUCUGCAAAGAUUUCAUUCCUCACUCCCAGAUCUGAAAAUAUGCUGAUAUGCAAGUUCUUUCUGCAGCAGCGGUGUCGUUUUGGUACCAACUGCCGCUUAUCACAUGGUGUCGAUGUCCCUGUGUCCUCCCUGAAGAAGUUUAUUCCUACAGUUUGGGAGCAAUCUCUGGUGGGAUCGACUAUUUGGGCAGGAACAGAUAGUAAACCCGGGAUCUGGAGGGAAGCUGAACUUGAAUCAUGGGACAGCGAGACUGGGAUGGGACAUGUUGUUUUCAGAGACAAGGGAGGUUCUGCUAUGCUCGGGACUGAUUCUCUUGCCUUAUCGUUGUAUGCCCCUCAAAGUGAUGAAGAAGAUGAAGAAACAAGUGACUCAAGCUUAGAGGAAUCGGAUGAUAGUGAUUACGGAGAUGAGGAAGUGCAGGGUUUAGGGUUUGUCGAGAGCACUGCACAGCAGAGGGGUGUCCAAAAAGGUACUGCAAUUUUUGCAAAGUGGGAGAAUCACACUAGGGGAAUAGCAUCACGGAUGAUGGCUAGUAUGGGCUAUCGUGAAGGAAUGGGGUUAGGAGCAUCAGGGCAAGGAAUGGUCAACCCGAUUCCUGUGAAGGUCCUUCCCCCAAAGCAAUCCCUAGAUCAUGCCCUUAAAUCUGUUGAAAAAAGUGAAGAUAAAGAAAACAAGAGAAAGAAGCGCAGCAGAGGUGGGAAGCGGAAACGCGAGAAGAAGUUUGCUGAGGCCAGUCGUGCCUUAGAGGACGAAGAGGAGUCGAGACCAGAUAUGUUCAGUUUCAUCAACACUCAACUGGCGAUGCAUGCGGAAGCUUCAAACAAGGAGGCAGCUAAGAAGAAGCAGAAUAAAGGUUCAGAGGAAAAGAAAAUUGAUAGGCGGGACCUCCUCGCUUAUGAUGAUGAGGUGAAGGAAUUGAGGGUCCGAGUGGAGAAGCUGGAGGAGAUGGUUACGAGGAAUAGGAAGGAGAAGGCCGUGUAUGAGGCGGCUAUGAGGAAGUUGGUUGAGACUCGGAAAGCUCUGGAAGAGGCGGAGGCUGCUCAUGUUUCGGCAUCAAAUGCACUAUCUACACGAGAGAAGGAGAAGAGAUGGCUCAAGUUUUGAUAUUUAAGGCAUAAACUGUGGUCAAACUUCUGCCGUGCCUAUUGAGAUUGAAUCUAGUCCCCUCUUCAACUGGGUUUGUAUGUGUGAAAUUCUUUGAGAUUUGGGUUUUGCUUGUGAAAGUGUAGGAAGUGGCUAUUAGGAUGGAUAGACUCUGAAGCAGUGCUGACCGAAUACUGAAAUUAUAUGUAGGCUCGAGGGUCUGUUCUGUUAGUGAGCAUUCCUUUGGGCUCUAUCCUAGUAUGAUACAAAAUCGAAAACGAUAACGCCCAGAAAAAGUUAACAAUUGCUCAA